UGUCACGUGAUCAACUGUAGUUCAAAAUGGAAGCCGUUUCACGAGCUAUUAAAGUUCAGCUCCCAAACUAUCUCAAAUCUCUGCCAGUGCCUUCCACAUUUGGUGGAUUUUUAAAGCUCACGAGGAAGGAGUGGGUGCGGCUUGCACCACUGCUGGUGGCAGAAUCGCUGCUGUUGUAUCUCGUGAUCUCAUGGCUGUUGCGCUUAUUUUCGAAGCCCGCUGCGAAGAAGGAGGCGCACCCAGACUGGAUCAACAAAACACUGCAAAAGGAUAAGGAAAAGGUUGCUGACACUAUCCAGAUUGAGGAUUUAGCAGAGAAGGCUGCUUACCAUGCUUUCUGUCGUUGCUGGAAGUCGAAGAAGGUAAAACUGGCGUUUUACUAGAAGUUACAUAACAAU